AUUAGAUUGGGUCGUUUAUGCUCAUUGAAGGAAGGAAAAUGGUACGAACGAAAGCUGAUGGCGCUGCAAGAAAAGGUGGGUGUAAUCGUCCAAUUCAACAGACUGAAAUCUAAGGCAAUAGCGGAAAUUUUUAAGCCCUCACUGCAUCUUAACAUGUCCACCAGCACUUGUUUCUAUGCUGAGCCUAUUUGAAUCAUUUACAAACGAUGUAAAGCUGUUAUAAAGCUUUUGAUAUAAGCUUAAGUAUAGCACAAGUAUAAUCUAUGUAGGCCUUCGAAGAUGCAUCUUUAUACAAAGCCUACCAGCUUCUCAUGGCGUCCUUUUUAAAGUCAAAAACGCGCUUUAAAUACCUAGUAUAUAAAAACCUGCGAUCAUGCUCAAAAGCUGCAAAAUUUAUAAGAACUAAGUAUUAAAUCCUGUGGCAACCAUCUAAGCUUAUAUGCAUAAGCUUAACUUUGAUAGGAAUUAUUUUCUUCUGGAAAUUAUCAAAAUAAAAGGUCAAGCUCAAACCCUCAUGAAUAUGCAAUUGUAUGUGUUGUUAUUCAAAGGAUGAAAUGUUUAUAAGGGACUGUAUGUAUGGAAUCUGGGGUGUAAUUUUCAACAGCAGUUAAAGGGUAGGGGGUGGGUACGUUAUUCCGUGAUGGCAAAAGGGAGGAAUUUUUACUUUUGGGUUUUAAUCCCAAUGGAUGUCUUUGAUUUAAACACUCAAAAACUACUCCAAAAAACUAAAAAUGUCUGCAAGAAAUAUUUUUCAAAUUGUUUUAUGAAUAGGGUUAUAGUGGCAGCUAUUUUGAAACUCUAUGGGUGCGUUCCUUUGGGAUAAUCAGAUCACUUAGAUCAUGGUAGAUCAAAUGAACCGAUGAAUCCACUCUUGACAAGGAUUCAUCGGUUCAUUUGAUCAACUAUGAUCCAAGUGAUCUGGGAUCACUUAUCCAGAUCUGGAUCAUCCCAAAGGAGCGUGCCCUAUAAUUCAAUUCAGGAAUCACGGGGCUUCUAACAUUAACCGUGAAGAAUUCUCAUGCCCAGUCAAGCCUUUGUAGUUUCUUCCACGUCUCUUGAUUUGUAACAUUACAUUACCAGACAUUCCUCAUAACACUUAUACCCCUUUAAAGAUAGUUGUUAUUGCUCCAUAUCCUCAUGCUUGACACUGUUGUCUGUUAUAGCUGUUGGUGCAAAGGCCCCUCGUAAACAAGUAGGUGGAUCAUCUUCAGCUGCGAGUAGCUUUGGCUCACCAACCAGUUCAGGUUCAAGCAGAAACAAGUAUGCGGGAGGCAACCCUGUCAAAUGGUGGCCUUCUCCUAAGUGGCAGAAAGGUACAAAAGCCAAAGAUACUUCAGACAGGGAAAGGCGGCAACCUGUCUUGGGGGGGGGGGUGGGGGAAGAGGAAAAAUCUCUUCUCUAAGAGACAUAGAUUUAUAGGGAGAAGGCAUAAUUUCAGGAUAAAGGGAGUGUUUCAGGGUGUUGAACUUGCAAUCUGGAGGUUGUCCUCCAACACGUUCAACACUCCCUUUGAACACUAGCUGGGGCCAGUUGUUCGAGGGCUGAUUAGUGCUUAAGGGGUUUCUUUUUUUGGUGUUCAAAAGCAUUUUCUCGGAUAAUUUUCUCUGUUAUCUUUAGAGUUUCCAAUCAUCAACUUGUAGACAAAAAGAAUUAAAACUGAAAUGCUUUUUAAACUUUCAAAUCUGAAUUCAAAUCUCACACUAACCCUGGGUUAUCUUAACCCAGCUUUGAACAACUCGGCCCUGGAGUUUAACUCCCUGGCCACUAUUGUGCAGCAUCCAUGUAAACAGCCAAAUGCUUCUGUAUUUUUCAUAGUUGAGCUACACUGUAUGCAAUGUAGCAAUCUGUAAAGAUGAUUAGGUCAUAUGUGAGUGGUCUCUUAAUUUUUUUGAUAGUUAGCAGAGUGCAGCAAAUGUGUAAUUCAGGGAGUACCAAGCAGUCGUCUCAGGCAUUCACUAGAAUUAUUGUGGCUUUCAUGUUGCCUGCUGUGUCACAUUUGCUACAAUCUCAACUAAUUUUGAAUUUAAAAAAUAACAAAAGAAAAUACCAUAGAUUAACAAUAAUACAUCUAUUUUGCGUUAGUAGUCAAUAAGUGUGAUCAUGUCUUACUGACUUUGCAGGUAUUGGUGAAUUCUUUCCCAAGGAAACCACUAGCAGUGAAGUUUCACCUGAAAAACCAGGCCCAUCCGUAGCAAGUGCACAUCCAGGUGUGUCUUCUGAGGAACAGGAAAUUGAAGGGAUUGAAAAACUUAGAGAGGACUGAAGAGUAUGCACUGUUAUGAUACUGUAAAAUUUCCCGUUCUACCAUAGCCAUUGAUGAAUUAUUUAUUACAACUCAAUGUAACUUUUGGUGUCUAGUGUACAGCUCUCAGCACUCCCUGUUGUUGUCCUUAGUUAGGCUUAGCUAAACUAUUUCGUCUAGAAGCACUGGUUUAUGUAACCUUUAGUCUCAGAUUAAUUUAAUACCUUAUUGUUA